GUCCACGGAUCUCUUGGUGCAACUAAAGAGACCACAAUCCAAAUGCCAUCCACACAUGGUGCCUUACCCCUAACUGCUAAGGAAAAGCCAACACACUCUUUUGUUUUCUAGUUGGGAUGAGAAACCCAGAAAGAAAAGGCCUCUUUUAAUAGGAGCCUCUGAACACAAAACCCCUCCAGCUCACUCACUUUCUCCACCCCUCUUUAAUUUCUCUUCAGUUCUCUGCAACUUCCCAUAUUCUUUGGUCUGCUCUCCAACCCAUUUGCAGGCAUUUCCCCCGGCCGGUAAGCCUUCUGUAAAGCAGCUCACUUUCUGGCAUUUGGGUUUCUGCAACAUGCAUUUUGAUUUUGCCAUGCUUUGGAGUCCAUAGUUUUGGGGUGCAUUGCUAGGGAUCCGUUACUCAGAUGAUUGCCAAUUCCCAUCUUGAAGCACUACCCAUUUCCUUUUAGCAUGUGGUUUAAGCUACUGAGAGAAUCUGCGAUCAUUUUCUUUUCUGGGAUUCAUGCUAUAUGCUUUGGUUAAAAGACGUUUCACAUGUUUCAGUGGUGUGUAGCGCAGAUAAAAAGGUGAGACCUUUAUUGGUGGUGAGUGAAUUAUAUGGAUAUGGACUUUCUUAUGAGGAAGUUUAGACCAUAGGUUGACCUGGUCCACCAUUGCUUUUUCCCUGGUCCACAUCAUCAGAUAGGGUAGCAGAUCACACCCACCCAAAUCAUCGUUUGAGAGCUUUGAUGAUCAGCUGCCAUUAAUCUUUACUAGGAUGAACUUGUUCCAGCAUACUAUAAACCCCAAAAGAAGCCAAAUUUACGAAUAAACCAAAGGGGAAACGAAAUAAGUCUCCAGAUACCAGAUUUGUUUGACAAAUGGGGAACUGAGCUGUUGGUAUGUCCCUUCUUAUGGCCUAUUCAUCAUCUACCAAUGAUUGAACACAAGUAGAGUUGGUGCCCUGGUGGUUGAUAUUGAUGUUUUGGUUAUGGGAGUUGACGUUCUUGUCGUUUCAUUUCUCAGUUCCUAUAGUGUUUUGAUUUCUCAAAUUACGAGCUUGUUUACUUGGUUCUGGGAGUUCCAGGGGUUUAGGGAGUAGGCGAAAAUGGCCCAUAUCUUGGCACCAUCAGCACAAUGGCAGAUGAGGUUGUCGAACAAGGUGGCAGCACCUGUCAAUCCCAUGACAGGAAAGAUGUGGAGUUCCUUGGUGAUGAAGAAGAAGGGAACUACAAAAGGUGCUUCCAAAUUCCGCGUCUUUGCAAUCAAGGCCGAGAACAGCACUAUCAAUAGGCUAGACAAUCUCUUGAACUUGGAUAUCACCCCAUUCACUGACAAGAUCAUUGCUGAGUACAUCUGGAUUGGAGGAUCGGGCAUUGAUCUUCGAAGCAAAGCAAGGACAAUUGAGAAGCCUGUGGAGCAUCCAUCUGAGCUUCCCAAGUGGAAUUAUGAUGGAUCAAGUACCGGGCAGGCACCGGGAGAAGACAGUGAGGUUAUUAUAUACCCACAAGCAAUUUUCAAAGACCCAUUCCGUGGAGGUAACAAUAUCUUGGUCAUUUGUGAUGCUUACACACCAGCUGGUGAGCCCAUUCCGACCAACAAGCGUUACCGUGCUGCUCAGAUCUUCAGUGACCCGAAGGUUACAGCUGAAGUUCCAUGGUAUGGCAUAGAGCAAGAGUACACAUUGCUUCAACAAAAUGUGAAAUGGCCUUUGGGUUGGCCAGUUGGUGGCUACCCUGGUCCUCAGGGUCCUUAUUACUGUGGUGCUGGGGCAGAUAAGUCCUUUGGUCGUGAUAUAUCAGACGCACACUACAAAGCUUGCUUGUAUGCUGGAAUCAACGUUAGUGGCACCAACGGAGAAGUCAUGCCUGGCCAGUGGGAGUAUCAGGUUGGUCCUAGUGUUGGCAUUGAUGCUGCAGAUCAUAUCUGGUGUUCCAGAUACAUUCUUGAGAGAAUCACAGAACAAGCUGGAGUUGUGCUGUCCCUUGACCCAAAACCAAUUGAGGGUGAUUGGAACGGAGCAGGAUGCCAUACCAACUACAGGCAUUUGGAUUUUCUCUUUACUUUAUCAAAACAAAUGCUUAGGUUAAGUGAGACAAGUUAUAUAACAAAAGCUGUUGUAUGUGGUUGCAGCACAAAGAGCAUGAGAGAGGAUGGAGGGUUUGAAGUGAUUAAGAAGGCUAUCUUGAAUCUAUCUCUUCGCCAUAAGGACCAUAUAAGUGCUUACGGUGAAGGAAACGAGAGACGACUGACUGGAAAGCACGAGACUGCCAGCAUUGACCAGUUUUCUUGGGGAGUUGCUAACCGUGGUGCCUCAAUUCGUGUGGGACGCGACACUGAGAAGAAAGGCAAAGGUUACUUGGAGGACCGUCGCCCAGCCUCAAACAUGGACCCGUACAUUGUGACUUCAUUAUUGGCUGAGACUACACUCUUAUGGCAACCGACACUUGAGGCUGAAGCUCUCGCUGCCCAGAAGCUGGCUUUGAAGGUCUGAUGAGAAAUGGUUGAAGAAAAACAGAAGGUCAAUUAAGGAUGUCAACAACGAUUUCUUUCGAUUUAGUGGUUCAGGCUGAAGGCAGCAUCGGAUUUUUCUUCCUCCUAGCUCUUCAUGAAAAGAUCCGUGUAAAUAAAUGUUCCUGAAUUGCCGCUGUCGAAGGUCAAUCGCCCUGAGACUGAUGAAUUGUUGCUCUCUUUCCAAUAACUUCUGAUUCUUGAUGCUUGGACAAUGAAUAGACCUGAAAUCACCUCAUGCCUUUUGAGAAGUUUAAACGUUGUCCUCUCCCUUUCAUCUUCUGGAGAUUCUCCUCUCUUUUUGCCUAAAGUUUGGGAAUAGCUACAGCAAGAGAAUAGCAAUCAUUGUAGGGUCAGGAGAAGCCAAAAUGAUUGCAUCAUUUUUUGCAGGAAGCCAGGAUCUGUUAUUCCUUUGCUUCCCCUGCAGGCAGAAAAAAGGCUUAUUCUUCCAGGAUAAAGUGAUACCUAACUGCUGCAUAUAAUUAUCCAAACUAGCUCCUCUUUCAGGUCCUGAAAAAUUUAUUCCUUCCCUUCCAUAGAGGCAAACCCAAAUGAAGGGGGAAAGAAAGGCAUUAGAGGCAUUCCUUAGGAAUCAAGACAAUCCAAUUGUAUAAUGCGAGGUUCCAAG